UAGUCAUCGCUUCACCCUCUUUGCGUUGUCUGGGCCUUACCUCUGUCCUUAACACUCUUUCCUUCUCCAAAGCUCUUCUCUUUGUUCCCUUCACUAUAAACUCUCUCCGUAGAUUUGUCGAAGCUCAAACUCUUUUUCUCUGUCUCCUUUCUCUCAGGUUGAAAGAACUAUUUUGUAUAGCUGUGAGAAGAUUUAAGAGUGUUUGUUGAAAGAUGAAGAAAACAUCAUCAAGCAGGAGCCAAAGAGGGAGCAGAGGUAUCAAAGGGAAGCAUGUCCUGCAGAUAUGCGUUCUGCUUGGAGUUUGCAUCUGGCUAAUCUACCAAGUGAAGUAUUCUCAUGAUAAGAAGAAGGAGUUCUAUGAGGCUGAUGGCAAGAAGUUGUCUGAUAAGGAAGAUGGGUUGGUGAAGCUUGGGAGAAAAGAUCUUCUCCCCGGUUAUCAUAACCAGGACGAGAAUGAGAAGCAUGUGGAAGAAGAGGAGGAUGAAGAGGAGAAAGAGAGCAAGAGUAAAGCAGAGAAUGGUACUCGUGAAGAGGAGGAAGAGAAGGAAGAAGAUGAAGUAGCUGAGGAGGAUGAAGAAGAUAAGAGCAAGCUGGGAGAGGAAGUAGUUGAAGAGGAUGAGGACGAAAACAAACAUGAGGAAGAUGAGAUUGAUGAACAAGAUCAAAGCAAAACCGCUGGAGAGAAGGAUGAUGAAUCGCUUGAAGAAGAGAAGGAGAAAGAGACUAAUCAUGCAGAUGAGAUUGAUAUGACCGUUGACGAGGCGCGCGAGGAGCAUUACAAGGCUGAUGAUGCUUCCAGUGCGGUGUCUCAUGAGUCUCGGAUUCUGAACACUGAGAAGCUGAAAGAAACUUCUGAUAAUUCAACAGGAACAGCUCAGGAGAACAACAACUCCAACGCCACUGUAAUAAGCGAGGUUGAGGAGGUUCAGAAGGAACCUAUCUUGGAGAAAACAGCCACAGAAGUGAAAGAUGGUGACAGUGAAUCCUCCACUUCCGAAGCAAAAAGCGUGGUAACUGAACCGAGAGGUGAAACAGCAGUUAAUGGCAAUUCAACAGAAGCAGUUCUUGAAGCUUCAGGGUUUCUGCAGAAUGAAACAAGAAUCAUGCAAGAACGGAGUCAAGAAGAUGGUCCACGUCCUUCAGGAUCCUCUGAUGUACACACUGUUGUCAAACUUGAGCAGCCACGUGAUGAAUCUGCUGCCAACAUCACUGUUUCUGCAAACAUUACCAACGUAGAUCCCAUUCAAGAUGACUCCAGGAACUCGACUUCAGAGUCUUCUGUAAUUGAAAACAUCUCAGGCUCGAACACAACGGAGGUGAAGGAGAAUACAAGGUCUGAUGGUGAUGAAGAAACAGUUGAAUAUAAGGAAAGUUCAAACCAUUUCUCCACAGCAGAGCAAACGGAAGAAGCAGAUGAUACUACUCCUGAAAGCACAAUGUUGCAAGAAGAGAGAGAAGCUCUCACUGAUACACAAACUCUGCCGGAUAUAAAAUCAGAAGGGAAUGAAGAAGAUGAAGAAGAAGAAGCCAUCUCAGCAGAGUAAAUGAAAACUGGAUAAGUUACUGUGAAUGUUUUCUGCUUUUGCAGCUAUGUCUUUUUCUAAGUAUAAGCUUAAGAAAAGUAAUCAGUGUCUGUUGUCUUUGUUAGUUCCCAAAACUGUAUAUUAAUCUUCAACUUUGGCUA